GUCCUCGGCUCUCGGUCUCGCCGCUUCUAAAAUGGCGCUGGAGAGCCGGGGCUGCCUCCCUUGAGCUUUGGAGGCGGCUGGAGAGGCUGCGUCCGUCAUGUUGAACUCCGGAAAAAAAAAAAAAAAUUAUUUCCUUCGGUCUAGCUGAGGUGUUCUGGGCGGCAGUUUGGCCGCUGCAGGCAGCUUCUGUGAAAUGUGAGUUUUAACCGCGUAGCGCAGCGCUCCAGCAGCGGUCACGGGUUCUGCCGACUCACCUUCUGUCCUCGGUUUCUUUAACAGUGAACUACCUCUUACGAAAUAAAGAAAUGGAUGGGAUGGAUGAAACAUCUAAAAGAAUCCUAGAGCCAUACCAGUAUUUACUUCAACUACCAGGUAAGCAAGUGAGAACCAAACUGUCACAGGCCUUUAAUCACUGGCUGAAUGUUCCGGAAGAUAAAAUACAGGUUAUCAUUGAAGUGACAGAGAUGUUGCACAAUGCAAGCCUACUUGUGGAUGAUAUUGAAGAUAACUCAAAGCUACGACGGGGCUUUCCAGUGGCACACAGUAUCUAUGGAAUUCCAUCUGUAAUCAACUGUGCUAAUUAUGUGUAUUUUCUUGGCUUAGAGAAGGUUUUAACCCUCGAUCAUCCAGAUGCUGUUAAAGUUUUUACCCGCCAACUUUUGGAACUCCAUAAAGGUCAAGGCUUGGAUAUUUACUGGAGGGAUACUUACACCUGUCCUACGGAGGCUGAAUAUAAAGCUAUGGUACUGCAAAAGACAGGUGGUCUCUUCGGAUUAGCUGUAGGCCUCAUGCAGCUGUUCUCAAAUUAUAAAAAAGACUUAAAGCCACUUCUUAACACACUUGGUCUCUUCUUCCAAAUAAGAGAUGAUUAUGCCAACUUGCACUCCAAAGAAUAUAGUGAGAACAAGAGUUUUUGUGAAGACUUAACUGAGGGCAAGUUCUCAUUCCCAACCAUUCAUGCAAUUUGGUCAAGACCUGAAAGUACUCAGGUGCAAAACAUUUUACGUCAAAGGACAGAGAACAUAGAUAUAAAAAAAUACUGUGUGCAUUACCUGGAAAAUGUUGGUUCCUUUGAGUACACUCGGAAUACAUUGAAAGAGCUUGAAUCUGAAGCCUAUAAACAAAUUGAAUCACUUGGGGGAAACCCUGAGCUUGUAGCACUAGUUGAACAGCUGAGCAAAAUGUUCAAAGAAACUGAAAAUUAAAAAUGUAACUUCUGGGUGUGGGUGAAAACUCUUUUUAAAAUGGGAAGAUAACCAGACUGAGAGAUGUGAUAAUCAGUCUCAUGUAAAACUUUCUCUUGUAGCUAUGUUAGCAGAAAUUACUGUUAAGAACAACUUGUCACUGAGUAUUGAAAUAUAUACCCUAUUAUCUCUAAAGUCUUAACUGUAACUGCUUACAGUCUGCUUUGCUAAAGCAGAUGUACUAGAACUGAAACAAGUUUUGAAUCUAAAUGUGUUCAUGUUUACACAAUCAUAGGCAUUAUUUCAUACCUAAAACUCUUGUGUCUCUAACCAGGCUAUCAUAGGCUUCUGGUUGAAAUUCUGUGUUUAAAUCAUAUUGACAUAUGUGUAUUGUGCAUUUUCAAACGAUGCUCUGGUAAACCAAAUUGUAUGUUAAAUAACAGAAGAAGAUAGUUGCAACCACAAUGGAUAUAAAACCAUUGUAUGAUAUUUCUAAGUUAGACUCGUGAAGAUCAGAUGGAUCAGCUUACUAAGUUCUAAGGUGAAUAUCCUAGCCAGCUUCUGGGGAUAUUUUCAGGGGAAUGUGAAUUAUGAAAGAUAGCAUUUUAUAUGCAAAUAAGACAUGUUUAGUCUGAAAUUGUGACUUUGUAAAGAUUUUGAAGUACCCUAGAGAAAAAACUCCAUCACAUCAGCAAAGUGAAAAUUCACAGCUGAUUCCAGCUUUUCAGUGAAUAAUUUUGAUCACCUGGUUUUAGAUUUUGAAACUGUCAAACAUUUUGUAGCCAGGAACUUAAAUCUAUGCAUUAGAGCCCAUACAUUUAACUGUAAAUAGCAACACAGUAAGUUGCUACUACAAAUGGAAAGGGCUUCACAUCAGGUAACUUUAGGACACUGUAAUUGGUGUAGGUCUCUUUAAUAAUUGCUCAUAAUUGAGGUGCUUCUCCCAGAGUUUAUUCAUAAUUCAUAUUUCAUUCCUGUUCUGAAUUGCUGUCUGGAGGCAUGUUAUAGAUCUCUCCAAAGAUACAAGAUCUGUAAUUUUUUGCUAUAGCAGGGUACAGUAUCUUGUUCUAGGAGCUACACUACCACUUCGGUUUUGUUAAUUGCUUAAAUAAAGCUUUAAAACUAUAGACAAACCAAAAUAGAACUGGGACUGAAAGUAAGAUUGAGGGGUAGGACUGAUAAGUGACUGCUCACCUCUCUAUAUAUAAAUAAAUGUAUAUAAAGAAAAAAGUGAAGAAAGUGUAAGCAGAGAUGUUUGGGUUUUUUUCUUGGCUGGGCUGGCUUUAAUCAGGUUCAGUUCCCUUUGUCUUCACAGCUAAAUAAAGCUUUGCUUUGGGGUAGGAAGGUAAUGGUUUGGAUCAAAGGUAGGGCUGGUGCUGUAAGCUGUGGUGUUAGCUCAAGCGUACUCUGAAAUGGCCAGAGUUACUUGGCUUUGAAAGGCUAAAGGAUAAUUUUAUGCAGGUGUUCAUUUACUGUACCUGGAAAGCAGGGAGAGCCAUGAUCUCAACCCACUGAGAAAACUAACUGAAGAAGGUUGCUGUAAUGUCUUCCCUGGGCAGCCUUAAUAUUCUUCUGAAAGUGAUCAAACAAAAUUCAGAAUGACUGCUUUCAGUCAGAGAUAUUAUGUAGUUACGGAUGACAGCUUCUCCCUUUUAUCUGCAUGCUGGGGAGGAAUCUUUGACUGAUUAGGCAUAGAAUAAUAGCCUUUUCACUGAAUGGACCUGGUUGCCAGGACUGAAUAGCUUCAAGUUGGUGAAAGGUAUUUUUAAUGUUAAUGAAAGAGAAUUGUAAUUCCUCUUUCAUAACUUGCAGUGCUUAGAAGCCUUUUAAUUUUUAAUGUGUUAUGAGAAAAUACUAUCUGCAGCAAGUUACAUUUAUUUUGUGCCAUGUCUUGGGAGUUUCUAAGCACUGUUGCAGCUGAUGUUGAAUAGGGGAGAGCACUGAAAAGACUGCUGUUGUCAGGAGAAUCUCCUAGUCUUACUGUGAAAGGUAUCCUUGUGUCUGUUAGGAUAUUGUAACUGCAACACAGUGCAAAGUGUACUUAGUGCUAUUUUGUGUCUGUUCAGUUGCUGAAUGUAAACGGUUUUGUGUAAUCAAACUUUCAUAAUGAGAUAGCCUUUCUUAUUUUUUGUAUAAAACUUCUUUACCAUCUGAGAUUUCUGCUAUGUCAUUGCUCUUUUGGUUCGGUUCAUUCUAGGAAUUCACCCCAGUAUUUAGUCUACUCUACCGUAUCUUGUAGAGUGUGCCUUCAUUAAUGUAGGAGUAAGUACACUGAUGUUUUCCAGCUGCAGGCCAUUUAAACUACAAAUGAGUAAGAAGGGAAAAGUUGGUCCAGCUUUCUUUUCCCAGUGUACAAAGAAACCAUACAGCUCUGUCUUACUCUUCUGCCUUCAAGGCUUUUGAUACCAGUAUUCAAAGCAUACCCUGAAGGUAUAUCUGAAAAGACCCAGAAGCAGAGUUGUUGUUCUUCACUUUGGUUAAGAUAAACAGGACUAUGAGGGUUUUUCUUGAUGUAUUCAGGAGUUGGAAGAGACUGGGAUGUUUCCCCUUCAUCUGUUAAGCUGGUAGAACAUCUCUUAAGUAUUAAAUGUCAGUAGUGAUGAUGUUCCUUAGUCAAGGUAGAUCUUAUAUUUGAUGCCGUAAGAUGCGAUUGUGCAUUCUCAUCAAUAUUCUCCAAUGUUCCCGCUGGUUCAGGCUGCUGAGGUUAAGCAAUGUUAGGAAAAUCACUUCUUUAAAGCAGCGUGGGAGUUCUUGUGGCUGCAGAAUUAGUUUAGUUGUAUGAGUGCCACUCACUGUUGCUAUACCUCCCACAACACAGGGAGUGGGUUUUUUUCCUGAUCUUUGCAAGGUACGCAUUGCUGUGGAACAGAAACCUGAGUUGCAAGUAGAGAAAUUUUGCCAUGGGGAAACAAAGAGGAUGCUGGUUUCAAUGUUAGUCGCUUUGAGCCAGAAUUGUUCCCCUUAUUAUCUUUGUACCAUUGCUAACAAGUUCAGGUUUGGUCAGGUUAUCAUGGCAUUUCUUGGGGUUUGGCUCCUGCGGCGCAUAUAAAGAGAAAUGCAAAUACUCAUCAGUCUGCAACAUUUCCCCCUACCUCAGUCUGUUUUAUUGUAUGGAUGUAAAUGAAUGCUGUCACCUGUCUUUGAGUAGCCAGCCAUUGGAUGGGACAUCUGGUUUUGCUUUUUCAAAGGCUGAUGUUCUCCCUAUCAAUUAUAAUGAAAAUGGCAUUAUUUCAAGACCUUCCGGAGGACGUAGCUUGUUUUUCUCCUCUCUGAACUUGGACUGUACUCAGUACUCAGUUACUAAGAGCAACUUUGUAUGUAUCAGCCAGUUGUUGAUACAAACAGCCUGAAAAUGUUAAUAGCAGUGGGAAAGAAACUGUUGCCACUUCUCUGUGUUUCAACUAAAGUUAAUUUUGCUAAUUUGCCUGCAUGUGCUAUGGAGUUUUCCUGUAUUAAUGAGUGCUUUCCUCAAUUAUUGUUAAAAUGCCAGCAUGCUAUAAAAACAUGGGAUCUGUGGAGUUUGAACUUUAAUAUGACUUUAUCACUGAAUUGGCCCAGGAUUUUAUUCAUGUGCAAGAGCAUCUUUUACUCUUCUUUGACCUGUCUUAAUUGUUUUACAUUUCAGGUUUGAUAUUUACUAUAUUCUUUUUAUUAUUUGCUCAGUACUUUUGCUGUAAUUCUUCUUUCAGUUAUAUUUCUAUUCUCUGCUAAUACCACAGCAUACAUAAUACCAUCAAACUCAUUUUUGAUCCUGGUCAAACAGAAUAGUCUGAGUCUGCUUUUGCAGCAGUAAAUCUUGGUUCAUUGUAUGCCUUCACAAAAGUAAUCAAAGAUUUUCUACAAUCCUGAAAUGCCUGAAACUUUUUUUUUCCAGGAAGCUA